AGCUGUCUUUUCGUUGUGUUGUUGGUGCAUGUAGAAGAGUGUGAGAAGUAUAAUAAAGUCUACCGUAAUAUUUUAAUACAAACAUUUUCCUUUUUACACCUUGGCGUCAAACGCAGUAAUUAGCGUGCAGAACGUCUUCGGUUGACCGUUAGCAUCGGCAGCCUUCCCGUUAGCGGUUAGCUAGCUAGCUGUGCGAGCCUCCCGCGGAGCAUGCUGCACUGACGGGUAACGUCUACCAACGACAACAGUCUAUCGGUGCGACUUUGACCAUAACAGGAAAAGGGAAUCGGUGAAGGUGCGAUGGAAGGAGCAGCGGAGGAACCCGUUGAGAAGAGGACCGAUGUAGCAGUGAAGGGCGAAGCCGCCCUAAAAUCACAAUACCUGACCACCAAAGAACAAUUUCAUGCCUUCGUAGACUUCGAGUGGCAGUGCCAAAAGGGUGAAAAAGCCACUGAUGGUGACAAAGCAGAGGAUACCAUGACGACCUCUAUUGAAGAACCUGAACCAAAAAAGCUCAAACUAGACCCUGAGGAGGGGAAAAAGGGCCUCAAACCAGACGGGAAGCGUAUCCGGGGACAGAAUAAGUCGAGGCCACACACGAAGCCUACCACCUUUGAUGAAAAACGACUCUGUCUUUCAGUCAUUCAGGACAAAAGGGACUGUCCGUUCGGAGACAAAUGCCAGUUUCAACAUGACGUAGCCGAGUAUUUGGCGACUAAGCCCGCCGACAUCGGCGAAAGUUGCUACCUCUAUGACACCUUCGGAAAGUGUGGGUACGGUCUCUGCUGCCGCUUUGCCAAGGCGCACACGACACCUGACUUCAAAACCAUGGAGAACGCGGAACUAGUCCAGGCCAACGAGGGCAAGAUGACGGUGAAGAACAGCCUGAGUAAAGACCUCCAGAUUCGUCUCAGGAAGCGCUCUGUGACCUUCAACCAGUCCACAGAGUACCUCAAUACGCUUUCAAACCAAAAAGAUAAAAGAGAACAGCAGGGGAAUGGUGAUGUUCAUGCACCUGAGUUAUCUGCCGGUCCAACAGGAGGGGAGCAGCAUGUGUCUACUGAGGCUGAAGCCCAGGCCGGCCUGGAUAAACCGCCUCCAGUGAACACCGUUGGACCGCUCACUGAUGUAGAUAUCAUCAAGUUGCGCCUGUGUGAAAAGAAACAGGUGGACUUUCAAGACAAGCUCUACCUCGCUCCUCUAACAACUUGUGGAAAUCUGCCUUUCCGUCGCGUGUGCAAGCGUUUUGGAGCAGACAUCACCUGUGGGGAGAUGGCCAUGUGCACAAACCUGCUGCAGGGGCAGCAGUCCGAGUGGGCCCUCCUGAAGCGGCACGAAAGUGAAGAUGUGUUUGGCGUCCAGGUGGAGGGCUGCUUCCCAGACACCAUGACGAGGUGCGCGGAGCUCAUCAACGGCAACAUCGAUGUUGACUUUGUGGACGUGAACUGCGGCUGCCCCAUUGACCUCGUCUACAAGAAGGGCGGAGGCUGCGGCUUGAUGACGCGCACCAAAAAAUUUGAGCAGAUAAUCAAGGGAAUGAACUAUGUUCUUGAUGUCCCUUUAACCGUCAAGAUCCGCACUGGUGUUCAAGAGAAGUGCAAUAUAGCACACAAACUCAUCCCAGAGAUGAAGAAGUGGGAUGUGUCUAUGAUCACAUUGCACGGGCGAUCCAGAGAGCAGCGCUACACUAAGUCGGCUGACUGGGACUACAUCAACACCUGUUCCAAGCUGGCUAGUCCUGUCCCACUUUUCGGUAAUGGAGACGUACUGUCCUAUGAAGAUGCCAUGAAAGCAAGAGAGACUGGCGUUUCUGGCAUUAUGAUUGCCAGGGGUGCUCUCAUUAAGCCCUGGAUCUUCACUGAAAUAAAGGAGAGCAGACACUGGGACAUCUCAUCAAGUGAGCGACUAGACGUCCUCAGGGAUUUCAGCAACUUUGGUCUGGAGCACUGGGGCUCCGACACUCGAGGUGUGGAAAAGACCCGCACCUUCAUGCUGGAGUGGCUCUCCUUCAUGUGCAGAUAUAUUCCAGUAGGACUGUUGGAACGGGUGCCUCAGAAGAUCAACGAGAGACCUCCCUUCUACCUGGGCAGGAACUACCUGGAGUCACUAAUGGCCAGUCAACAUGUUGGGGACUGGGUCAGGAUAAGUGAAAUGCUCCUUGGACCAGUACCAAAGAACUUCAACUUCUUGCCUAAACAUAAAGCCAAUGCCUACAAAUGAUUUUCUUAUGCUCUGACUGAACAUCUACGCAUUUUAAUUUGUUAUAAUUGUAAUGUCGUUUGAAGAGAGAAUCUAUUGAUUUUAUUAACGACGAGUGGCAGAAUGCAUGGAUAUUUAUGUACUUGAAAAAUAUGCAAUAAAGUCUUUUGCCAAACUCAGA